AUGUACCUUUAGCAAUAAAAACAACUGAUUUUAAACCGCCUGUGUUGCAGCAGUGGAGUGGACUCAGCCUGCUGCUCGGCUCUGGCCACCAGCCUUCCUGCCGUUCUGCUUCAGUCUGGGUACGAUGGUUGGGGCUCCCCUGGCGUGGCUCAGCCCCACCUGGAGAAAGCUGCACCUGGUGCUGGCUCUGCCACAGCUUAUCUGUCUGCCAGUCUACUUGUAGGUGAACACAACCAUCUGUCUACUUGUCUUUGUGUAGUCACAUUUCUGCAUGGAUUUUUGAAUAAUUUUAAUAGAUUCGAGGUAUUUUGUCUUUCAAGUUCGAUCCCAGAAUCUCCCAGCUGGUUGUUGUUGAGGCAGAGGAUGGAUGUUCUGGACCAUUAUCGCAGCAGCAGCCCUGCAGAUAAGCAGUGCCUGGAUGUGGUAAACACACAACCUCAAAUCCAUUUAAAAGACAGCACUUUAUAUGUGUUACUGUCAUCAAAUCCCAUGAAAAAACACAAACCAGCACCAAGAAGCAGCGUUCAGCUUCUAUACACAACACAUUGAGAACAAAUGUCCCUAAAACUUCAGGUCUGCUCUCUGAAUCCUAUUUAUUUGUCUUGAAGUUAGAAAGUCACCAAGUAUUGAGCAGUGCACUGACUGGGUUAACUGUAUGUUUCUGUGGGCGCAGCUGUUGGAUUCAGCUCAGUCAGAUUUGCAGAAAGCCCCAAAGGCUCAGGAGGAAUCACCUGGGGGCCACACCCCCAGUGACAUCAUCCAUCACCUGAGACACCCGACCAUCCUCCUGCGGAUGUUUAUCAUGAGCUACCUGAGGUAAAACACACACACUUAGGUUGGUGUGUUGAUAAGUCUUACAGUAGUGUCAGAGUGGUUUGAGGCAGUCGAGGAUGACUGGAUGAGGGAAACUACAUCCAUGAAGUAAGGUCUGGUUAAGAGACAACUCACAAUAAAACAAGAAAAGGAGGAGGAAAAGUGGAAGAGCAGACGAGAUGCAUUCACUGGUGUUUCUCCUGUGAUUCUACAGUGCCGUGUCUGCACUUACAUACUACGGCAUCUGUAUGAACAUUGGCUCAUUCGGUGUUGGCGUUUACUUCGCCCAGUUCUUCUCCGGACUAUCAGAAGUUCCCUGCCUGUUCGUCCCAUUGGUUCGCUUGGGACGGCGUCCAAUCAGCAUGCUUGCUCUGUUCCUGAGUGGAGCGGCCUGCUUCUUGUCAUUACUGCUGUCCAGAUACAACUUUCAACCGGUGCUAGUGAUGAGUCUAGCUCUGCUGGGGAAACUCUGCAUCAUGGCCGCCAUCUUCAUCUCUAUACUGUACAGCAUCGAGCUGUUCCCAACUGUGGUCAGGUACACAGUAACACGAACACAUGCUCAGAUAUUUACCAGGUUGGAUAGAACAUUAACGAAGUCACUACUAUCCAGACAGCGGUGUGUGGCCAUAGUCAACCUGUGUUUCCGACUCGGCUGUCUGGUCAACACCCUCCUCCCCCACAACCCUGACGGAGCCAUCUCAUUGGCUGCUAUGGUUGUGUACAGCAGUGGGCCAAUCAUUAGCUGCAGCCUGUGCCUGCUGCUGCCGGAGACCAGCAGCAUCGCACUUCCUGAUUCAGUGGAGGACUGCAACAGGCAGCCACGGCCCCACCCACCCGGGGUUGGUGCCAUCAGGAGGACAUGGAGGCUGCUGAGCUGCCAAACCAAGAACACAGCGAUCAUGCCUGCAGAUAAAGAGGACAUGCACACUGCAAACGCACAAACAGGACUGAUAUGAAUGAACCCGCAGAGUUCAUUUGGUUUUAACAUAAACUAGUAAGUUUUGUUUAAGCUCUGGUUCAAAUCAAAGACCAAAAAA